UUUAUGUGUUUCUAAUUUCAUGUGUAUUUUGUGUGGCCUAGGUCAAAGUCACAAAUCAUGGUCAAUAAACAAAAAGUAAGUGCUGAGUAAACAAAAGCGUGUAUCAAAUAAUUCUCACGCACGACAAGCUCGUCAAGCGCAAAUUAUGAAUAAAAAACAGGACAAACAAAGAUAAAUGUUAAUAAAAUCGAUAGGCAAACUGCGAUGCAUCAAAAUAGAACACAAUAUUCGUUGUACAGGCCGGUUGUCGUAGGUAGCGAACCAACGAUGCCGACCACGUGUGGAGCUUUCUCAGGGAUUAUAAUCCUCGCGCAAUGUUUCGGUUUGUUUCCGCUCGUUAACGUGCGCAGUGAAAAUAUUGACAACGGCGAAAAUUCGUUAAAAUUCAAGCGGAAAUCUUUUCGAUUUGUGCAUUCAUGUAUAAUUAUCAUACUUAUUAUAUUUAAUCUUUUGUUUUAUACAAUGCAAGUUGCCGAAAUUGGACUUGACUUCGAAACAACAGUGAUUUUUUUAUUUUUUUGUUUUGGACCUGCGUCCACCAUGUUAUUAAUGCACUUGGCCCGAAAAUGGCCGAGUAUAAUGCAGCAGUGGACUCAGGUAGAUGUCAAAAUGGAAAGUUAUGGAUUUCCGGUUAACCUCAAAAAACAUCUUUACCUAACAACUAUUGUGGUUAUGUCAUUUUUCAUAACAUACUCAUUAACAAACUCCCCGGAAAUGAAAAAUGUCACCAAUAUCUGGAUAGGAUUAAACGAAUACUUGAAAAAAGUCGGUUCGCAUGUUUUCAGUCACAUACCUUACAACCCUGGUUUUGGAAUAGCAUUUAAAGUCGUCGAGAUAACAAUUACGUUUGUUUGGAGUUACAUGGAUGUGUUUAUCAUGACAAUUGCUAUUGCUUUAGCAGCAAGAUUUCGUCAAAUUAACGAAAGAAUAAAGAGAAUUUUAGAAGAUAUACAAGAAAAACAAAAAUCAACUCUUGAAGAAAAUGACAAUGUUGAAACAAAGGAUACAGAACAAAAACAAGAACAAAAUGGCGGAUUGUGGAUGGGUAUCCGUGAAGAUUACAACAGUUUAUGCCAGUUGACAGCUGUUAUUGAUGAAUCCAUAGCUUAUAUUAUCCUUUUGAGUUUUGCGAAUAAUUUAUUUUUGAUAUUGGUGCAACUUUUACACAGUAUUGAGCCACAAGAGAAAACACGCGUCAUUGACAGAUUAUACUUCGUAUAUAGUUUCGGAUUCCUCAUUUUACGCACAUCUGCUGUAGCAAUGACUUCAUCACAGAUUUAUGUAGAAAGCACACGGCCAUCUUGGUUCCUAACCACGCAACUACCCGAAGAAUAUUGCGAUAAUGAAGUGGAGAGACUACUAACACAAAUUCAUGCAACCGGUGGUUGUUUCCUAACCGGAAAUGGCUUCUUUAAAAUAAAAAGUUCUUUAAUUUUAAGUAUUGCAGGCGCUGUGGUCAGUUACGAGCUUAUAUUCAUACAAUUUCAUUUUUCGGGCUUCACAUGGUGCUACAGUGAUUUGUUUAUUAUGAUUAUGUCGUCGGCUUUAGCUGUGAGGUUUCAACAGAUUACCACGAGGUUGAAGAAGAUUACUGAGGAACAAGGGAGUCGGUGGAGGUUGGAAGGCGCGAGGAAGAAUCACGCUGAGGAAUCGAAUAAAUUAUGGAAGGAGAUAAGGGAGGAUUAUAAUAAAUUAUGCGUUUUGUGUCGGACGCUUGACGAAGCCAUUUCGUAUUUGGUCUUGAUGUCCUACAGCACAAAUUUAUUUUUUAUUUUGAUACAACUUUUCAACAGUUUAAGGAAUAAAAAUACGCGGGAAAAAAUUUAUUUCUUCUUCUCAUUUGGUUUUUUAAUCAGCCGCACGAUUUCUGUGAGUUUAUACGCAGCGUGGGUUAACGAUGAGAGUAAAAAACCAUUGUUAAUCUUAAAUUCCAUCCCGAGUCAUCUUUAUAACCUAGAAAUCAAGCGGUUUGUGCAACAGAUUAGUUUUGAUUCUGUUGCGUUGACAGGCAGACAUUUUUUUCAUGUUACAAGAGGGCUUAUUUUAAGUGUUGCUGGUGCAAUAGUGACGUAUGAAUUGGUGUUGAUUCAAUUUAAUGAAAAUUUACUUAAAGAAGACUCUACGAUUUUAUUAGAUACAAAUGGGUACAAUAUUGGUGCCAACUAG